CUGCGUCCUACGUAGAUGCACUAUACCUCCAAUAGGAAGCGGUUUGAGAUUUAGCCUGGGUUACGCAGCAGCAGCUCGAUUUGACAGGCAUGGGGUCUGCGUUCUGCUCUCACACUCCGCUAAUAUCAUGUAAACGCGUGCGUAUUUAAAAUCCGAACAGAGCAGAGAAUACACGUGCAAGUUUGGCUAAUGUAGCUCAGAUCAGGCUGGUGUUAUUCUGGAAAGAAAGGCGCUAAAUCUUCUAACUGCUCUUCAGUGACAUCACUGGCACCCCGACUGAAACACUGCCGUAAAGUGAAAGUUGCUGUGCGUUCUCGGUGUGUUCUUCUCAUGCAAGUCUCUGUUCGUCGCCAGACAGCAUGAACGUGUCUGACUCCUGGCGCGUCGGAGAUUCUUCCGCUCCUGCGUUGGAGAUGUCGGAGGCGCCGGGCGCGCGUGCCAGCCGGGAGCAGGGCGCGCAGCCGGACGGGACCGUGCCGCCGCCGGCGUUCCCUCAGCGCCGAGUCUCGCACCUGUACGGCUACGGCCACCGGAUGUCCGUGUACAGCACCACGCGACCCGUCCUCACCCGCGCUUACCUUCAAGGACAGGUGUACAACUUUUUGGAAAGACCGUCGGGGUGGAAAUGCUUUGUGUAUCACUUUACAGUGUUUUUGAUUGUACUAUCUUGCCUGAUCCUCAGCGUACUGUCCACUAUUGAUCAGUAUCAGGCUCUGGCCCAAGAAACACUUUUCUGGGUGGAAAUAGUGUUGGUGGUAUUUUUCGGAGUGGAAUAUGUGGUGAGGCUGUGGUCUGCAGGAUGCCGCAGUAAAUACGUGGGUAUUCUGGGGAGGCUCCGCUUUGCAAGAAAGCCCAUCUCUAUCAUUGACUUAAUUGUGGUGGUGGCUUCGGUCAUUGUUCUUUCAGUAGGCUCUAAUGGGCAGGUCUUUGCUACCUCUGCCGUCAGAGGCAUCCGCUUUUUGCAGAUCCUACGAAUGUUACAUGUGGAUCGUCAGGGAGGAACCUGGAGGCUGCUGGGAUCGGUGGUUUUCAUCCAUCGCCAGGAACUGAUCACGACUCUCUAUAUUGGAUUCUUGGGUCUGAUCUUCUGCUCGUACUUUGUGUACCUGGCAGAAAAAGAUGCAGUGGACAGCAGUGGAAUCACAGAAUUUUCCAGCUAUGCCGAUGCUCUGUGGUGGGGAGUGGUGACAGUGACCACUAUUGGGUACGGGGAUAAAGUGCCACAGACUUGGAUAGGGAAAACCAUUGGCUCCUGCUUUGCCGUCUUUGCCAUGUCCUUCUUUGCCCUGCCUGCUGGCAUUCUGGGUUCAGGCUUUGCCCUGAAAGUCCAGCAGAAACAGAGACAGAAGCACUUCAACAGGCAAAUUCCUGCUGCUGCUUGUCUUAUACAGACAUCCUGGAGAUGUUUUGCAAUAGAAAACCCUGACUCUUCCACCUAUAAGAUGUUUGUGCGAAGGAAGCCUGUGCCGUUGAGUCACACAGCAUCCAGUCCUAAGGCUAAAAAAACUGUAAAAAUGAGAAGAAAGAUGAAGACAAGUGAGAAAGACAAUGGCCCAAGCACUCCUACAAUCCCUACAAUCACCUUUGACUCAGUGUUUGAUGAUGGCCGAGACCAAAGUCAGGAUACUGUGUACAGUACCGAAACAUCCGUAAAAACAGUUGCUCGGAGAGGAUUUGAACGACAGCACUCCUGGACCUCUAUAACCUCCUUCCAGUUCUCCCCUCCUCCAGUAAAGCAAAACUCAGAGUUUUUGGCGGUGCAACCACGUCCCCCACUGCAGAGGAGCAACAGUUUUGCGGAUGACCUGGAAAUGGAAGCAGAGAGGGACAUCCUUCUCCUGCCUGUCUCUCAUGUGUCAGAGUUGCGAGAAACCCACCGGGCGGCUAUUAGAGUGAUCCAGAGAAUGCGCUAUUUUGUGGCCAAAAAAAGGUUCCAGCAAGCACGUAAACCAUAUGAUGUCAGAGAUGUGAUCGAGCAGUACUCUCAAGGCCAUGUUAACCUCAUGAUGCGCAUCAAGGAGCUGCAGAGGAGGCUUGAUCAAAGUUUGGGAAAAAUGUCCUUGUUCCAGACAAGUUCAGAGCGAGCUAGAGAUAGAGGCACGAAUACAAUUGGCUCCAGACUCAACAGGAUGGAGGACAAGAUCACACACAUGGACAAGACUCUGAACCGCAUUGCAGAAUCUCUGAACCUCCUGCUGAAGAGGGAGAGCGAUGUGAGCAGUGUGGCAGGAGUGGUACAGAGUGAAAGGGCCCUCACGCUAACACGCGACCUCAGUCUGCCCACGUAUGACCAGCUCUCCACCCCGUGUCCAUCUGCCCUGGAGGAGAGCUCCUGAGCUGGUGCAGCUUCCAAAACUACUGAAUCUAGUGCCUUGUGCGGGGUGAGGUUUCUCUUGGAGAAGAGUAGACACAGACAAAAGGAACACUGAAUCUGUACUUAAGCUUGAUUAGAUUUACUCAGGUGGACCAAUCAUAACAAGUCACUCUAUACAAUGGUUUAAAAAGAUGUAAUCUCUCAUACACAUACAGUAUGACAUGGAUUACUGAUUAGACUUGGUGUGUUUACUGUAUAAGGAAAAAUAUGUGAGAUCAUUUUUAAUUGCUCCAAUCUCUUGAUAUGCUGAUUAAUAUUAAAUCAGGUUUUUUUUUUAGGUUUUAAUGCAAGGUAUGGGGAUGCUUAUGGCAAGCUAUGCACAUGCAAAUGGUUGCAUAAAUAUUUAUUAGAUCCAGUUAUAUGGGGUGGUUUUGCAGUCUGUACAUUUGAAAUCUAGUUUAUUUAUUAAGACAUGUAUACAAUGAUUCACAAAUGCAUACAUGCAUACAUGUACUGAUUUCCAUUCACAUGCUAAAAUAUUAGUUUUGUUCAAAUAAUGAGCCAGAUGUUAUUACUGGUUAUUCCAGAAGCAACACUUCUAAAUCCUUUUUUUGAUUUUUAUACAUGCUAUUUUGCCUGUCCUCAUUAAUAAAUAUUAACCAUCA